UUUCUCAAAGUGAUGGUUUUAAUCUCUUCGGGUUUCUUUAUCUUUAAGGUUGUGAUUGUGUAAAUCUUGACAUUUCACGUUCGGUAUUUUCUUGACAUUUCACGUUCGUACAGCUAGGCGUUUACUAAACAUGGACUCUUUCGCACCAAUUGGGUAUCUAAAAACGUGCUUUGCAUCGAAAAAUGGAACACCUAGGCAGCCUACCGUUUCGUCAGUAUCCAAAGGCGAGUUAAAAAUAUCAAAAACAAUUUUUAACAACCCAGAACACAGCGUUGAGGAUCUGGAAGCAUUUUCUCACGUCUGGAUUAUAUUUGUAUUUCAUUUGAACUCGAGGAAUGGAGUCAAAGCGAAAGUAAAACCGCCACGCAUGAACGGUUUAAAAACUGGAGUAUUUUCUACAAGGAGCCCACAUCGACCAAACCCAAUAGGACUGACACUAGCCAAAUUAGACUCUAUAAAUGGAGAUACUCUGAACUUUUCUGGCUUGGAUAUAGUAGAUGGUACCCCUGUAUUGGACAUCAAGCCUUACAUACCUUCUUAUGAUACUCCUAAAGUAGUGAACCCUACAGAACCUAGUUUAAAUGAAGAAACAUUUUCAGACAUUUCCACAGUUGAUUCUACCAAUAUAGAUUUAGAUAUACAAACUGCACAGUGGAUAACUGAACCACCAGUUGCAGAAAUUAAGGUGCAAUUUACCAACAGAGCACUUACUGAUAUUUCUCAUUUUAAAUCCAACUCUGGAGAUUGGAUUCUUAAGUUCAUAAACUCUGAUAAUUUAAAACAAGCAAUUAUAGAUGUACUUAAAGCAGACCCUAGGUCCAGCUAUCGAAGGCAAAAAUGUUCUGAUCGUUUAUAUUACUUUACACUUGAUAAUGCCCAUAUAACAGCUUGGUUUGACGAUACAAAUGACCAAGUUAUAGCGGAGGUUCUUCGCAUUAAACCUUUAAGCAUGAUUGUUAAAUAAGAUUAUAUGUUUUUAAGUAAUUGACAAGACUUUUUUAGCCUUUUAUUUCCUGCAUACCUACACCAAAUUUUUACUCACUAAAUACUUAUGAGCAAACAAAUUCAUUGAUCAAAGACUUUUUUUAUAAAAAUCUACAAGUAAAUAAAAUCAUGUCUAAACCUGAA